AUGGCUCAAGCUAACCUGGCGAACGAAAUGGCUAUUCUAAAUAAUAAAAUAGGUACUAAUGGGAUUACUCAAUCCAUCCCGCAUUAUGAAGGGGAUCCAAAACAAUUUAAAGAAUGGCUUAAGGAAGUCGAAAAAUACGCAGUCUUGGUUCAGGCGAAUCAAGACCGGACUAAAUUGAUAGCUUACCAGAGCUGUAGGGGGCCUGUCUCAGACUUCAUUCAUAGGUAUUUAACGGCUCAUCCAAAUAAUACGUGGGCGCAGUUAAGAACUGAACUAACAAACAGGUUUAGCGAGAUAAGUGAUCCGCAACACGCAUUACGAUUAUUACGAGACAUUAAACAAGGACGGCAUGAGUCCGUUCAAAUUUAUUCUGAGCGGUUGCUAACGCUAGCUGAAGACGCAUUCGCUGGACAACAGGGGGGCUUAGCAGCUGUUGAGAGACAUCUCAUAUCAUAUUUCGUUGACGGUCUCUUUUAUGAAUAUUUACAAUAUAAGUGUUUACGAGAUUCUCCGCAGACACUGCAGGCGGCUAUUACGUCAGCCGUCAAUGAACAGAACAUUAGGAAACGGUUUUCUUUACGUACAGGGAGGGAGUACGGUCGACAAGGGACCGAACGUCCUUCUGCACGUAGUGAAGAGCCGAUGGAAGUUGACCAUCUUCGACCGACACGAAUUUGCCAAUUAUGCAAUUUAAAAGGCCACACGGCAAAAUAUUGUCGCGUGAAUAAAGAUAGAACCAGAAGCAAAAACGUAAAUGCAAUAGACCGCGGCGAAUCAAAAGAUUCGAACCGAGUAUGUUGGGCUUGUGGCGAGCGAGGCCACAUUCGCGUAAAUUGCCGUAAAAAAUCGCAAAGUAGUAAAAAUGAUGAACGCAAACAUUUAAACUAG